GUGGAUGUAACAAUGGGACAAAUGCAAAGUGACGAAAAAGAAAUGGAGCUGGCGCAAAUUCAAGAACUGUACACAGCUUUCAUGCAGGAAUGCCCAAGUGGAGCUUUACAUCUGCAUGAAUUCAAACGAAUUUUUGGAGUGUCGAGCUCAUCAAGAGAAGAGUCUGUGUACCUAGAGACUAUAUUCCGCUCAUUUGACACCAACAAGGACAAUACAAUAGACUUUAUGGAAUAUGUAGCAGCGCUGCAUCUAGUACUUCGGGGGAAACUUGAGGACAGAUUGAAGUGGUCUUUUAAAGUCUAUGACAGAGACGGGAAUGGCAAGCUAGACAAGCAUGAGGUGAAGCACAUCAUUAGGAUCAUUUAUAGAAUUAAGAAAAUCAAUAUGGAAAUGACACCCAACGAAGUCUGUGACAGAAUCUUUGAACUUGUUGACCAAAAUGGAGAUGGCCAGAUUUCGCUGACAGAGUUCCUGGAGGGUGCACAGAGGGACGAGUGGGUCAUGAAUGUACUCAAACUGGACGUGAAUGCCAGUGGAUGGGUCCUCGAAAAUUUCAAAAAAUGA